AUGUUCGUGCUCAUUUUAUUGAGCUACGUUCUGUUCCCCACCUCUGCCACACCGGUUCCGACGCCGCAAGCCGACAACGCUGGAGGGUCAUCUCGACCGUCUGACUCAUCGAAUACGACGCCGCCUUCAGCGCCCUACCCAAACUUGGAUCUCUUCCUCUCGAGAACGUUCUUUAGUUGUCUUGCCACAGUUCUCGCUUGCCUCUGGAUUUCUGUGCACCCAAACGCGCCGUCACCCCAAGAUUCUUCGUGGAGGAGGCUUAGAAGGAGGGUGGAAGUGGUGCUAUGGGCUCUGAUCGUUCCGGAGUUGGUGGUGUGUUGGUCGGUUCGGCAAUGGGUUGGGGCCAGAAACCUUAAAGAACGAUACCGUGUGUAUGGCUGGUCAAUGACUCAUGCCCACUUUCUACAGAUGGGAGGCUGGGUGGUCGUCCGACCGUGGCCUUCUCCCUUCCCUUCACCGCUACUCCUCGAGUCACCUGCUAACAGUGGCCGCCUCGACGAUCCGCUCUCCUCUUCCUUCCGCGCUCGACAGGUUCUCUCACCGCCUCUCCUCGACAAACUCCUCACACUGGAUUCCAAACCUCUGAGCGUUCGAAGCAUUACACCACCCCUUCAAGUCAUCCGCAAUCACUCGUCCGCGGACGCCAUCGUAACUGCCUUCGCUCUCCUCCAAACACUCUGGUUCAUCUGCCAAGGAAUAGCUAAAGCUGUAGUCUCGGGAACCAAGGGCAACGUCCACAUCCGAUUUCUGCGAAUCGAGCUCGUCACCGCGAGCUACAUCGUGAUGUGUUUGAUCAUGUACGUAUUGUGGUGGGACAAGCCGAUGGAUGUGAGAGUUUUAAGGGAGGUGGUGUUGGAUCUAGAUAGGGAUGCGCAGCUGGAGAGGGAGUGGAGGAUUCUGGACGCGAUGCGGAGACUUCCACCUGACGACGAGAAGGAGGAAGAGGAGGCUGAACGCGAAGGGGAGGGUGGGGAGGAUGAGAAAAACGAAAGAUCGGACGAAGCGAGUAUGAUUCGCUCCGAGUCUUCUUACGGUGAGGAGUUACCUCUGGCACCCAACCCUGGUGAAGACGGUGCGCCAACCCCUGAAAAUCCGAUUGUGGACGAGAAGCUACCUCUCUCCCCUGAUGCUGCCCAGAAGUCCCAGAAGUCGGAGGGAUCUUCAGACACGACCGCUCGGGAAGAGGGAUCUGUGACUGAGGGACCAAAUGAUCUCAAAUCGUCCUCAACAGAUGUAGCAAACCCGGACACCGAUGUUCACGAGCCCUCACUCAAAUCCAGCGCUUCCCAUCAAGAGCACGCAGAUACGAAUUCCGUCAACAAGCUACCCCAGUCGUCUUCAAUAUCUUCGCGGCGGUCAAGUCGAUCGUCUUCGGCAUCAUCGUUCAGAACAGCGAACCGGUCAGAGCAACAAGAGAUCGUGGAGGUCCCCCGAAGUCGAAGACCAUCCAUACGGACAACUCGCAGCACAGGGUUCUCUGUUCUUUCGCGCGGUCGUGCGGACACCCUCGACGAACCUUGGUUCCCUCGACCAGCGCAGCCCAAUCGUCCUCCCGAACCUCAGUAUGAUACAUGUCAUCCUUCAGCUGCCGAUCGCCUAGUUGGAACGCGUCGUCAAUGGCGCCAAGAUGUUGCAGGGCAGAGGUCUGCAUCUAGAACCUCCGUCAACUCGAUUGCAAGCUACUCUGCUGAAAGUACCAUCUUCGAAUCCAUGUGGGACUCUACGAGAACGAGCUAUUUCGCAGAGAAGACUGGCCUUGACUGGUUCCUGAACCGGUGUGGUGUGAUAUUGGUCGGGAAAUGGGGACGGAAAGGGCAUAGGAAUGCAGUAGAGCAAGAGGACAAACAUCUCGGGAAGCUCUGGAUGCCACCUUCGUAUGCAGGCGAAUUGGUCGACCAACCUCAAGACCAACUCGCCCCAAAAUGGACGAAGGAAAAGCUCGACAAAUUCCAUGCCAAAGUGGCUCGCCUGCGUGAUCGUGUACCAACGUUCUAUGCGUCGACGAGUGCAAGUGUGCAUGACGACCGGUUAUUCAAGCUGAUGGCGGGCGGGUUGGGGAUGUUGUUUGGUGCCAUCCAUCUUAUCGGUUGGGAUGCAUCGUGGAACUUGCCACUCCACUCCUCCCUGAAUCUUGACUCUUCCACCGAGCGGACAUUCACCAUCUUGUGGAGGGUCUCGGCUAUGAUUGCGACUGUUACUCCCCUCUUCACCAUUCUCGCGUUAUUCAGAUUGUCUGAGGAAGAGACAGAAACGUCAGAGUCGUCCAUUCAAUACAUGCUUAUGGAGAUCAUGGUCUUCCCUCUUACCCUUCUUUACAUCCCCGCUAGGUUGCUGCUGAUGGUCUUGACCAUAGCGGAGAUUGUCCGCAUUGGAGAAGAAUGGGACACUGUCAUACAAGCAGCAGGGCCUUUGGUGGGCGAAUGGGGGGAAGGUGGUGUCCUCCGUUGGACUAGAUUUAUACCGCAUUUCCAGUAG